AUGUCUUCCCAAAAUGCCUCGAACACAAUCGACCUCUCUCAACAACAGCCACUCACCUCCAAGGAUAUCAUCGACGAUUCCCACUGUCUCGGCAGCAGAGAUCAGGGCGCCACAAUCCACAACCAUCACGAGUUGACCCAACUCGAGAAGGCCGCUUUGCACGAUUUGCUGAAGGGGUGGUGCAAUACCCGCCCCAAUCAAUCUGUGACACCGAUCCUUCAACAGAUGUUCUAUGCGAGGAUUUUCGAAUCCUGGAACUCGGACAACGGUUCUGUCUCGAUUCCUGCGCGUCCUGGAAAGAAGCAGCUGGCACAAGUGGCAGUUGCUGUUGGCACCUUCAAGAUGGACCUACCAGUAACCCCGAUGAAGCGCAAGUCGGGCGAAAAUCUUCAGAACAAGCCCGAGAGGCGAGCAGGCGCGAAGGCUUGGCUCAGCGUUUAG